AUGCCGAAACCAUCGCAGCUCUGGCUUCUCAAUCUGAAGAAGCAGAAGCUGUACACCAAGGCUCUCGUGGUUGCCAGUAUAACGGACCAUGUCGAGGCGCAUAAGCCCAGCGACUCGUCCAAGAAAGCCUAUUUCAGCAGCUUGUACCCGGAUUCGAAGAUUUUCAGUGAUGGUCCACGAUUCAUGACCGUAGGUAAAUAAAG